UCAACGAUUGGAGUCAGGCAGGCGCAGCGCACAACAGGCCAAGCAGUGAGCGUGAAGUGGGACUACAUCUCCCACAAUGCUAAGGGAGACGUAGCUUUGCGUCACCUUAGGCUCUUGCCCUCUUGAGAUUUAGACCAAUCAUAGCCUCGGACCAGAUGUCCGCAAGGGGCUGCGGGUUGUGUAGUCCAUGCUCAGUAGGACUGCAGCCCCCAGUGUUCCGCGCGCGUAAGGGAGGAGUAGUGCGGCGGCGCGGGCGGCCGUCGGGGCUGGGCGGCGGCGGCGGCUAAGAGGGCCCGGCUUGUGGGAGCUAAGGUGAGAGCCGGCGUCGGCGCGCGGCCACGAUGUCCGCGCCGUCGGAGGAGGAGGAGUAUGCGCGUCUGGUGAUGGAGGCGCAGCCGGAGUGGCUGCGCGCCGAGGUGAAGCGGCUGUCCCACGAGCUGGCCGAGACCACGCGUGAGAAGAUCCAGGCGGCCGAGUAUGGGCUGGCGGUGCUGGAGGAGAAACACCAGCUCAAGCUGCAGUUCGAGGAGCUCGAGGUGGACUAUGAGGCCAUCCGCAGCGAGAUGGAGCAGCUCAAAGAGGCAUUUGGCCAGGCACACACAAACCACAAGAAGGUGGCUGCUGAUGGUGAGAGCCGGGAGGAGAGCCUGAUCCAGGAGUCAGCCUCCAAGGAGCAGUACUAUGUGCGGAAGGUGCUGGAGCUGCAGACAGAGCUGAAACAGCUGCGCAAUGUCCUUACCAACACUCAGUCUGAGAAUGAGCGCCUCACUUCUGUGGCCCAGGAGCUAAAAGAGAUCAACCAGAAUGUGGAGAUCCAGCGCAGUCGCCUGCGAGAUGACAUCAAGGAGUACAAGUUCCGGGAGGCCCGUCUACUUCAGGACUAUUCAGAGCUGGAGGAGGAGAACAUCAGCCUGCAGAAACAAGUGUCUGUGCUCAGGCAGAACCAGGUAGAAUUUGAGGGUCUCAAGCAUGAAAUCAAGCGCCUGGAGGAGGAGACAGAGUACCUCAACAGCCAGCUAGAGGAUGCCAUUCGGCUUAAGGAGAUCUCUGAACGGCAGUUGGAGGAGGCGCUGGAGACGCUGAAGACAGAGCGGGAGCAGAAGAAUAACCUACGCAAGGAGUUGUCGCACUACAUGAGCAUCAACGAUUCCUUCUAUACCAGCCACCUGCAGGUCUCCUUAGACGGCCUCAAGUUCAGCGAUGAUGCUGUCACUGCUGAGCCCAGCAACGAUGCCGAAGCCCUGCUCAAUGGCUUUGAGCACAGUGGCUUGGUCAAAUCAUCCUUGGACAACAAGACAUCUACACCCAGGAAGGAUGGCCUGGCCCCACCCUCCCCCAGCCUUGUUUCUGACCUGCUCAGUGAGCUCCACAUCUCUGAGAUCCAGAAGCUGAAACAGCAGCUGGUGCAGAUGGAGCGGGAGAAGGUGGGCCUGCUGGCAACACUGCAGGACACACAGAAGCAGCUGGAGCAGGCUCGGGGAACCCUCUCUGAGCAACAGGAGAAGGUGAGUCGUCUCUCAGAGAACCUUAGUGCCCUCCGGCGCCUGCAGGCUGGAAAGGAGCGACAGACUUCCCUGGAUAAUGAGAAGGACCGUGAUAGCCACGAAGAUGGUGACUACUAUGAGGUGGACAUCAAUGGGCCUGAGAUCCUGGCCUGCAAGUACCAUGUGGCUGUGGCUGAGGCUGGUGAACUCCGGGAGCAGCUCAAGGCACUGCGCAAUACACACGAAGCUCGUGAAGCCCAGCAUGCAGAAGAAAAGGGCCGCUAUGAGGCUGAGGGUCAGGCACUCACUGAGAAGAUCUCUCUGCUGGAGAAGGCUAGCCACCAGGACCGAGAGCUGCUGGCCCAGCUGGAAAAGGAGUUGAAGAAGGUGAGCGAUGUGGCUGGUGAGACCCAGGGCAGCCUGAAUGUGGCUCAGGAUGAGCUGGUGACCUUCAGUGAGGAGCUGGCCAACCUCUACCACCACGUGUGCAUGUGUAACAACGAGACGCCCAAUCGUGUCAUGCUGGACUAUUACCGUGAGGGCCAGGGCAAGGCUGGCCGCACCAGCCCCGAGGGCCGUGGGCGCCGUUCACCUGUCCUUUUGCCCAAGGGGCUGUUGGCUACAGAGGUGAGCAGAGCAGAUGGUGGGAAUGGGGACAACAGCCCUUCACCCAGCUCUUCAUUGCCGUCACCAUUGAGUGACCCCCGCCGGGAACCCAUGAACAUCUACAACCUGAUUGCCAUCAUCCGAGACCAGAUCAAGCACCUGCAAGCAGCCGUAGACCGUACAACUGAACUGUCCCGGCAGCGGAUUGCCUCACAGGAGCUGGGCCCUGCUGUGGACAAGGACAAGGAAGCACUAAUGGAAGAGAUUCUCAAGCUGAAGUCACUGCUGAGUACCAAGCGGGAGCAGAUCACCACACUCCGUACUGUGCUCAAGGCCAACAAGCAGACGGCUGAAGUGGCCCUUGCUAACCUGAAGAGCAAGUAUGAGAAUGAGAAGGCCAUGGUGACAGAGACCAUGAUGAAGCUACGGAAUGAGCUCAAGGCCCUCAAGGAAGACGCCGCCACCUUCUCCUCUCUGCGUGCCAUGUUUGCCACCAGGUGUGACGAGUACAUCACACAGCUGGAUGAGAUGCAGCGGCAGCUGGCAGCCGCGGAGGACGAGAAGAAGACUCUUAACUCCCUGCUGCGCAUGGCCAUCCAGCAGAAGCUGGCGCUCACCCAGCGUUUGGAGCUGCUGGAGCUGGACCACGAGCAGGCCCGCAGAGGCCGCAACAAGGCCACCUCCAAGGCCAAGCCAGCCACCCCGAGUGUAAGUCACACCUGCGCCUGUGCCAGCGAGAGGGCAGAGGGCGCUGGGCUGGCCAACCAGGUGUUCUGCAGCGAGAAGCACAGCAUUUACUGUGAUUAGGGCUGUGGGGCGCCGCACGCCGCUAACGUCUGCUUCACCUCAACUAACCCAGAUGCAGCAGCGGGACAGCAGUGCUAGGCUGGUCUUAACGUGACUAACGCACAGAGGGCGACAUUCUAGGCGAGUGGCAGCAUUGGGGUACAUCUGUCACCAGGAGACUUUGAGCUUUGUACUGCUUUUUACUCCACAGCCCCGCCCCGCCACCCCCCUCCCCCAGGAUAUCCCAUGUCAGUUGCCGUCUUUUGGGAUGCUGGUAUCAAAGGUAGGGGUGGAGCUGCACACCUCUGUGGAAGACAGUGGGGUGGAAGAGUUUUCCAGGGCCUCCAGGUACUGUUAGGCGAACCCAAGGGAGUUCCUCCCUGGGCACUCACAGGGGCAGAACCUGAGUUGAAACUUGCAUGUUCCUCGCAUGUGUCUGAUAUCAACACUUGAAAGCAGUUUUUGUGAGGCUCUAGCCUGCAUCAUAGGACUAACCUAGGGUUAGCUCUCUAUGGUUGGCGUAGUUUCAUGAAAUUUCCUUGUAGUCUGUGCAGCAUCUCACUGCUAACCACUUUCAGGACAGAAAUGCAGAACGUCUUCCCCAGUCCCAGAGGGAAUGGAGAGCCUGCGUUCUGCAGUGAGCCUCCACACUUCAGACACAAUAACCAGAGUCCAGGCAGACAGCGUGGCUGCCCUAGGGUCUCGUCUCAGAUCUGCAUACUACUCUGCCCUGAGAGGUGACAAGUUGGCAGGGCCUCAGGUCCUAGGUUUCCUUUUUUGAUGAGAAAGUGUUCCAAGUGCCUGGUCAGACCCUGAUCCUUGGCACAGAGCCUGUUCUUUGGCCCUUUGAGAUCCGCAGCUUGUGUUUGGGUCUUUUCCUAGAAGUUGUGAGACCCAGAGGAGCAGUGUUUUGAGAACUAUUAGUGCUCUACCAAACUGCACAGUACAGUAGAGCCCAGCUGUGUGCUAGGGGGGCUUUUUGUGGUCUGGAGCUGUACUCAGCCCCAGCAGGUAAGAGUUGUGUGGUUCUCAGUGCAGUUUAGGGAUACUGUAGAAGGAAGAAAGGUCACCGAGGGCUCUCCUUUUCCAGAUGCUCUGUCAGUGCAGAGCUGUGGCAUCAGGUACGUACUUUAGUGAGUUGUGAAGCAGGACUGCUCAGUAUUUCUUUCCCAGUCCCCAUGAGGCAUCUAGUCUUGAGACUCCCAUCUCCCAUGACAGCUGCUUGGCUGUUUCUCUCUGUGGAAAGGCAUCUUUCAUGGUGUGGAACAGUUGCUCCCUAGUAUGGGGCCCUGUAGUCUCUCAAACAGUUUUCUCUUUCCUUCUUCUGGUGCCUGGGGUGUCCCUGUCUGCUCAGACUCUAGGCACCACACAAUCGUACACUGGGAGUAGGACAGGCCAUAUGUGUCCCUUGCAUGACCAUCCUGGGAAUGGCUGCCCGCAUGCCCACCCACCUUCUGCCUUUCUUUUUCUUUGGGCCAGAAAUGCAGCUUCUCUUAUACUGUAUGGGGCUUUGUGGACACUUGGAGCCCCAUCCCCUAACACACAUGCAAGCCUUCUCUGCCAACUAAUGUGCUCGCUCACUCCCAGAACAAGAGCUUUAGCUGUCAGUGAGCAGGAAGUGGCACACGACUGAUUUCUAAUGCUGUCUUGUUUUCUCCUGUUUUCAGCUGUAGAGUAGCUGCUGGGAGGACGCGGCCACCCGGCCCUGUCACACUGCAGCCCUUCCCCCUCCCCUCCUGUGGCCCAUGCAGAGGAAGGAAGGGCAGCCUAAAGUCCACUUAGAAAUGUUUGGAUAUGCCACUGUAAUUCUUUUCAAAAUAGUGUUCCCCAAGUUUUUAAUAGGAGGGAAAAAAAAAAAAGCUUUACUAUUGAGAAUGCUGCAAGCUGCUGCUUGGAAAGGUCUCUGUGUGGCCGAAGAACCUGCUUCCACAGCCGCCAUCAGGCUCUCUAGGGCCUGCUGAACGACUGCCACAGGCUCUACUUAUUACACAUGCUCCUUUUUUAUCCGAUCAACCUGUGCACUUUUGAUAUUUUGAUAUUAUAUUUGCUUCCUUAAUUCCUUGCAUAGAGACGGUCUCCAAUGCCGUGGUCUGUGCUCGUGGUCCUGUAGCUGUCCGUCCUAGCUCUGGUGUGUUGACCCGCAUCAGCACAAGGUAGAGCUGUGCUCCAUGGUGUGUAGCUAGACUGCGGGUGAAGCUCCGACCCGGCGAGGAGCUGGCCAGUGUAUCCACGCUGUGGUUCAGCAGCCUUUAGAGGACACGGCAUUGUGGUUCAUGUUUGAAAUUACAGAUUUUAAAUGCCAUGUUCAUUAAGAAAUCCAGGGUAUUCCAAUUCUGGGGUUUUUUCAUAUUGUAUUAUUAUUAUUAUUCUUAGGAAUAGUUCAAUGUAACAAGAAGAAAACUUGACCUUUGCUCUGGUUAAAACAGUAAUAGGCACUUGAAAGCAUAAAUUAUUGAAUGAGUAGUAUUACCUACAAAUUCCAGAGUUUUCUGGGUUUUAGGACAUUGUGAAGCAUGACUGACUAACAGAAUUUUAUACAACUGCACCAGUGAAAUUCCAAAUUGGAAUUGUUUUGUUAUUCUGGUUGUCGUGCCAAAUUGUGGUACACUUAGAAAAUUCUACAGCCGUCGAUUUUUAGGUGUUCUAUUUCAACACCUCUUUGUUAGUAACCAUUGCCAGUAGUGCCUUCAUCAGUUCAGGGAGGUGUCCCAGCCGAGUCAGGUCUCCAGGACGGGCAGCGGAGAGCUAGCUGGGAAUGCUGAAGGCUAUUGUGGACCAGCAGGUACCUGCCUCACUUCGUACUUGGGCAUCUUCAUUGAGGGAGAGAGAACAGUGAUUGUGCAAAACUCUGUUAGUCAGUGAUUCUUCACAUGCAAAUUCAGGGGCUUAGAAACAAAAACAAACACACAAACUUGGACUGUGCUUUGGGAACCAAAUGGACUUCAUGGGACAAGCUAAGCAAGCUGUACAGACAUCACAUUUGUGAAGAGCUGAGGGCGUCAGGAGAGCCGCGCAGUCGGCAUGUGAGUAGAGAAGGGGGUUAGCCAUAGUAUUCUUUGCAAAUGUGAAAGUAAGACAUUGCAUCCUCUCUUGCUUGGUGUAACUAAUCACUGUUAAUUUCAGGAAACAGAAGUCAGUAAGACUCCUUAGUAAACUUGCUAAGUGAGAUUCAGGGUGUGGUCAAAUUGGUACUAGUGGAGGAAGAGAAAUUGUCCUCCAGCCUAAAAAAGAACAAAUUAAAAUAAUAUAAAUUGUGAGGAAUUGAAGAAUUCUGUUUCCUGGAAUGAGCAUUUCUUAUUCCUAGUUGUUGGGACUCUUUGCCUUCUGUUACAGUGUUGAUUCAUACAAAAUAUUGUUACAUUUAAGAUAACAUCAUCUGUAUGGGGUAUUUAUUUGCAAUGAUGUCUAAGUACUGUAUUUUUUCUGUGUGUUACCUUAGUGUCAGAAUGUUGGUCUUUAUUUUAAAAAUCAUAUGCAUGUUCUCCUGCCAAGGCACCUUUACACAGACCCAAAACAAUAUAAUGAGCGGAUACCUUCAGUUUCUGAGAAAAUGAGGCCAAGUGAGGAGAAGGCAUAGGAAGGUGAGACUAGCCAAGACUUCGGAAACGGCUAAUGGCGGACCACAGCUAGCACAUAUAGGAAAAGUGGGCCUGGGUGAAGAGUCGCAAUGGUAGGACCAAUAAAGAAUAAUAAAACAAUUGAAGCACA